AUGGCAAGCACACCCUCUACCGCCAUGACAGCUCUCCGAUCCGUCGUGAAAGCUGGCGAAACAUCGAAGAUGGGCUUCCUGAGGACUUUCUCGCGGUCUGCACCUGCUCCUCAAACCCCUUACCCCUUCUCCUCCACCGCCCUCUCCAAGUCCUCACCCACUCCCAAUCCCACCCCCAACCUCCUCUCCCCCCGCAAAGGCGCCGGGCUCAUCAAUCACAUCAACGAGCAGCUUCGCGAAACCUACGAUGCCAAAUCCCUAACCACCACCCUCUUUUCCCGGCGGCACAAGAACCGCAUCCUCGCAGGGUCCGUCAUGACCGUCACCUCCUACACUUCUUCCGCGCGCACGACCACCUCCACCUUCUCGGGCGUGCUCAUGGGCGUCAGGCGGCGCGGGAUCGAUACGGCCUUUAGGCUGCGGAACGUCAUUGCGAAAGUAGGGAUGGAGGUGGACUUUAAGGUGUUGAGUCCGUUGAUCAAGGAGAUCAAGGUGAUUAAGAGGGCGGAUGGGAAGAGCGGGCUGAAGAAUCUGGGAAGGGCGAAAGUGGGGUAUCUGAGGGAGAGGCCGGGGGCGAUGAGUCAGAUUGCGUCGGCGUUGAAGACGGCGGCCAAGUAG